GUAAGUUCAUGAGAGUUGCAGUUUAUCAUCGCUGUAUUGAGCUGUUAAAGAGAGGAUCUCCCUGAGUUUGCUCUGCAGCAGCAUUUGACCUCAGGUCAGUUUGUCACAAUGAGGCUUCUAAUCUCACUGUGUUUUUCCCUGCUUCUGCUGGUUAAUUGUGAUGGUGAAAUGGUCAGUGAACAAAUAUCAGUACCUACAACUUUCAGCUCUGAUCCAUGCUAUAAUUAUAGCAUUCUUGAUGACUACUGGAGAGAUAUACGGCGAAACCCACAUCAUUACUAUGGACAUGAUGACACCCUUGUUGAAUGGAGUGGCUGGUAUCGGCUGUAUUUGAAUGGAGAAAGUGCCCAGAUGUCUGAGUGGUGUGUGAGUUAUAUGGGAUGUGGUGGUGAAACUGGAAUGUAUCUCAAUGGUUCUCAUCCAACACUUGAGGAUGGAGCAGUGACCCGUGAAGUCUGGGGAAGCUACAUGUGGUCUCGCCAGUGUGGUGCCUACACAUCAACAUCCAUCCAAGUCAAAGCCUGUCCUGGAGAUUAUUACGUCUAUGAAUUUGUCAAACCCAACAUAUCAGCCCCCAUGCCUACAUACUGUGCAGUUGCUUUCCAAAGCAUCAGUAAUGAUCCCUGCUACAACUAUGAGUCUGUGGAUCGUCCCUGGAGAGCCAACAAUGAAAGUGGAGAUUACAUUUGUGAUGAAUCUUUCUCCUGGAAUGGCUGGUACCGGCUUUUCUACUAUGGAAUGAACAUCCAGAUGCCAGAGACCUGUGUUAAUUCAUUCACCUGUAACACAUACUAUAAUCUGUGGCUCAAUGGUCCUCACCCUCAGAUAGAGGAUGAAAUGGUGACCAGAGAGGUCUGUGCAGGGAAUUAUUGGGGUGGCUGUUGUGAAUUAAAGUCAAACCCCAUCAGAGUGAAAGCAUGUCCAGGCAAUUACUAUGUCUAUGAACUUGUGAAUCCACAAAUCUGGUGUUCAGGAUACUGCACAGAUGUCAGCACCAUUGCACGGCCAAGUUUCACUGUAAGUCCAGACAUAUUUACUGGAUCCAGCAUCACAUUGAAUUAUGACCCAUGCUAUAACUACAACAUACUCGACAACUACUGGAGAAGCACAUUCAAUUACUGGUCUAUGUAUGGAUACGUCUCUGAUCAUGAUGACACUCGUGUUGAAUGGGAUGGCUGGUAUCGACUCUUCAUUAAUGGAUCGAGUGCUCAGAUGCCUGAGUGGUGUUUUUAUUACAUGUCAUGUGGAGGUUUUAGUUCUCUGUAUCUUGGUGGGUCUCAUCCUCAGCUAGAAGAUGGAGUUGUUAUCCGUGAAGUCUACGGCUCUCACCAUGACCAGUGCAGUUCCUACAGAUCUGACCCAAUCCAAGUCAAAGCUUGUCCUGAAAAUUACUAUGUCUACAAAUAAAGACCAACAGUUUCAAUCCCAGCUCCUGUAUAUUGUGCAGUACCUUUCACCGCCCCAAGUGUUGAUCCCUGCUACAACUACACCAGUCUGGAUGAGCCUUGGAGAGCCACAGAUAACCCUUACUAUAGUAACAAUUCCUACUACGUCAAGUGUGAUUAUAAUGUCAACUGGAAUGGCUGGUACAGGCUGUUCUACAAUGGCCAUAGUGUCCAGAUGCCAGAUUCAUGUGUUAAUUAUGGCAUGUGUGGCACUUAUCACCCACUGUGGCUCAGUGGCCCUCACCCACAGCUGGAAGAUGGAGUGGUCACCCGUCACGUCUGUGCUUCCAUAUGGAGUGACUGCUGUGAUUACAAAUCCCACCCUAUAAGAGUCAAAGCCUGUCCAGGAAAUUACUAUGUUUAUGAGUUUGUCAAGCCAAUGUUUUGCUCAGCUUAUUGUGCAGACCCCUGUGCCGAACUCAGCUGCACAGAGGAUGAAUGGUGUGGAGAGAAAAAUGGCGUCUAUGGCUGUUUAUGUAACGAGAACCAGACCAGACCAGAUUCUUUUGAUUUCUCAGAAACCUGUGAAAGCAGCUCUGGCUCCAUGUCUGUGUCUCGCUGUCAGCUCUUUGAGGCUGGUUUUUCAGCUGACGUCUUACAUCUCAAUGAUCCCAGCUGCAAAGGAAUGAUCCGGAAUGGCAGAGUGGAAUUCCAUUUUGACAACAAUGAACACAUCUGUGGAACAAAUCUUGUGGCCAAUGGCACCCACUUCAUCUAUGAUAACUUCAUUCUGGGGAAACCAAAGUCAGAUGGUCUUAUCAGCAGAGAGAAAAUCCUUAAGCUUCCUUUCAGCUGUGUUUAUCCUCAAUCACAAACACUUUCCAUGAAUGUGGAAAUGAAUCCACUGGAGAGCAUUGUGCACAAGACUCUUCCCGCUGGUGAGGGGAGAUAUCAGGUUCGCAUGAUUCCAUAUGAGGAUGAUGAGUUUACCCAGCCCUAUACUGGAAGAGUGGAUGCAGAGCUCGACCAGAAGAUGAAUGUGGAAGUUCGUGUUGAGGGGGUUGACAGCCGCCAGUUUGCCCUGGUGAUUGACGCGUGUUGGGCUACACCUGUGAAUGAUCCUGAUUACAGCCUCCGCUGGGAUCUUAUCGUUACAGAGUGUCCCAGUCCAAAUGACGACACAGUGGAGCUGCUGCAGAACGGCGUCUCGACAUCCAGCCGUUUCUCCUUCAGGAUGUUUAUCUUCACUGCAAACUCAACUAAGGUUUACCUGCACUGUGCUGUUCACCUUUGCCUUCUGUCAAGCAAUCACUGCUUAAAAGACUGUAAUUCUGGACACCAUCAGAGAGAGCGCAGGUCGCUGGACUUCCAUGACAGUGCUUCCAUAUCUAUGGGUCCUCUGAUGUUGUCUGAAGGGAACACAGAUAAGUUGGUUCCAGAACAAGUGAAGACUUUUGUUGUUGUUCUUGUUUUUUCUAAACCAAAUACAUAUACAGCACUAUACAGCACCGAAUCUACAACUUCCAGCGAUGAUCCAUGCUAUAAUUAUACCACUCUUGAUGAAUACUGGAGAGACAUACGGCAAAACCCAUAUCAGUACUAUUAUGACCAUGAUGACACUCAUGUUGAAUGGAGUGGCUGGUAUCGACUGUAUUUGAAUGGAGAAAGUGCCCAGAUGUCUGAGUGGUGUGUGAGUUAUACGGGAUGUGGUGGUUACACUGGACUGUAUCUCAAUGGUUCUCAUCCAACACUUGAGGAUGGAGUGGUGACCCGUGAAGUUUUGGGAAGUUACAUGUGGUCUAACCAGUGUGACAACUACAGAUCCAACUCCAUCCAAGUCAAAGCCUGUCCAGGAGAUUAUUACAUCUAUAAACUUGUCAAACCAGAUCUGUCAAUCUACAUGCCUUCAUACUGUGCAGUUGCUUUCCAAAGCAUCAGCAGUGAUCCCUGCUACAACUAUGAGUCUCUGGAUCGUCCCUGGAGAGCCAACAAUGAAAGUGGAGAUUACAUUUGUGAUGAAUCUUUCUCCUGGAAUGGCUGGUACCGGCUUUUCUACUAUGGAAUGAACAUCCAGAUGCCAGAGACCUGUGUUAAUUCAUACACCUGUAACACAGACUAUAAUCUGUGGCUCAAUGGUCCUCACCCUCAGAUAGAGGAUGGAGUGGUGACCAGAGAGGUCUGUACAGGGUCUUAUUGGAGUGGCUGCUGUUAUUACAAGUCAAAACCCAUCAGAGUGAAAGCAUGUCCAGGCAAUUACUAUGUCUAUGAACUUGUGAAUCCACAAAUCUGGUGUUCAGGAUACUGCACAGAUGUCAGCACAAUUUCACAGGUGGUUUCCACUGUGAGUCCAGAUAUAAUCACUGGAUCCAGCAUCACCUUGAAUUAUGACCCGUGCAAUAACUACAACACCCUCGACAACCACUGGAGAAACACACAGAAUUAUUGGUAUUGGUAUGGCUAUAUAAGACAUGAUGACACUCGUGUAGAAUGGGAUGGCUGGUAUCGACUCUUCAUCAAUGGAUCGAGUGCUCAGAUGCCUGAGUGGUGUUUUUAUUACAUGUCAUGUGGAGGUUAUAGUUCUCUGUGGCUUGGUGGCUCUCAUCCUCAGCUAGAAGAUGGAGUUGUUACCCGUGAAAUUUAUGGCUCUCGCUAUGGCCAGUGCAAUUACUACAGAUCUGAACCAAUCCAAGUCAAAGCUUGUCCUGGAAAUUAUUAUGUCUACAAAUUUACCAGACCAACUCUUUCAAUCCCAGCUCCUGUAUAUUGUGCAGUAUCUUUCACCACCCCAAGCAUUGAUCCCUGCUACAACUACACCAGUCUGGAUGAGCCUUGGAGAGCCACAGAUAACCCUUACUAUAGUAACUAUUACUACUAUGGCAUGUGUGAUUAUAAUGUGGAGUGGAAUGGCUGGUACAGGCUGUUCUACAAUGGUCAAAAUGCUCAGAUGCCAGAAUCAUGUGUUAAUGGAGGCAUGUGUGGCACUUAUUACCCACUGUGGCUCAACGGCCCUCAUCCACAGCUGGAAGAUGGAGUGGUCACCCGUCAGGUCUGUGUCUCCUCAUGGUAUGGCUGCUGUGAUUACACAUCCCAUGUCAUACAAGUCAAAGCCUGUCCAGGAAAUUACUAUGUUUAUGAGUUUGUCAAGCCAAUAGUUUGUGGAGCUUACUGUGCAGAAGCCACAAAUCAGUCCACCACAUCAGUGUCUACAACAACAGAGACAAUCCCAUCUGUAGAAUCCAUUACUCCACCAAUCACAACCACUGCUCCCCCUGUUGACCCCUGCUACAACUACAAUGUCCUGAAUGAUUCAUGGAGAUCCACCAACAAUCAACAUUCCUCUCAAAUAAUGUGUGACACUUGGGUCAGCUGGAACGGCUGGUACCGUCUCUUCAUUCAGGGUCAGAGUGUUCAGAUGCCAGACACAUGUGUUGAUGAGUAUAGUUGUGGCACUCAUGCUCCACUGUGGCUGAACGGAGGACAUCCAACAGUUGAGGAUGGAGUGGUCACUCGAGAUGUCUGCGGUCACUGGAGCAAUAACUGCUGCCAUUUCCAAUCCAAUCCCAUUAAAGUCAAAGCCUGUCCAGGAGAUUAUUACGUCUAUGAGUUUGUGAGUCCAACUACCUGCAGUUUGGCAUACUGUGCAGAUGCAGGGAAGAUAAAUACUGCCUCUUCUACUGUAAUGCCAAAGACAACGACAGUUUAUAGAAAUCCCUGUUCUGAACUUGCCUGCUCUGAGAAUGAAAGGUGUGGGAUGAAAAAUGGUGUUUACGGAUGUUUAUGUAACAACGACCAACCCAAACCACAACCUGACUCUUUUGAUUUCUCAGAAACCUGUGAAAGCAGCUCUGGCUCCAUGUCUUUGUCUCGCUGUCAGCUCUUUGAGGCUGGUUUUUCAGCUGACGUCUUACACCUCAAUGAUCUCAGCUGCAAAGGAACGAUCCAGAAUGGCAGAGUGGAUUUCCAUUUUGAUAACGAUGAACACAUCUGUGGCACAAAUCUUGUGGCCAAUGGCACCCACUUCAUCUAUAGUAACUUUAUUCUGGGGACACGGAGGUCAGAAGGUCUCAUCAGCAGAGAGAAAAUCCUUAAGCUUUCUUUCAGCUGUGUUUAUCCUCAAACACAAACACUUUCCAUGAAUGUGGAAAUCAACCCACUGGAGAGCAUUGUGCACAGGACUCUUCCCGCUGGUGAAGGGAGAUAUCAGGUUCGGAUGAUUCCAUAUGAGGAUGAUGAGUUUACCCGGCCCUUCACUGGUAAAGUGGAUGCAGAGCUCAACCAGAAGAUGAAUGUGGAAGUUCAUGUUGAGGGGGUUGACAACCGCCAGUUUGCCCUGGUGAUGGACACGUGUUGGGCUACACCUGUGAAUGAUCCCGAUUACAGUCUCCGCUGGGAUCUCAUCAUUAAUGAGUGUCCCAAUCCAAAUGACGACACAGUGAAGCUGCUGCAGAACGGCGUCUCGACAUCCAGUCGUUUCUCCUUCAGGAUGUUUAUCUUCACUGCAAACAACACUAAACUUUACCUGCACUGUGCUGUUCACCUUUGCCUUCUGUCGAGCAAUCGCUGCUCAUUAGACUGUAACUCUGAACACUACUGGAGAGAGCGCAGGUCUCUGGACUUCCACGACAGUGCUUCCAUAUCUGUGGGUCCUCUGGUGUUGUCUGAAGGGAACACAGAUAAGUCAGUCCCAGAGCAAGUGAAGGUAUCUGAGGCUUCUUGUUUGUGUGCUUCGCUGAUGCUGUUACUUGUUCCUCUGAUGAGUGUCCUGACCCUCUUUUAUGGUCCUCACCCUCACAUAGAGGAUGGAGUGGUGACCAGAGAGGUCUGUACAGGGUCUUAUUGGGGUGGCUGCUGUUACUUCAAGUCAAACCCCAUCAGAGUGAAAGCAUGUUCAGACAAUUACUAUGUCUAUGAACUUGUGAAACCAGAAAUCUGGUGUUCAGGAUACUGCACAGCCGUUUCUCCUUCAGGAUGUUUAUCUUCACUGCAAACUCCACUAAGCUUUACCUGCACUGUGCUGUUCACAUUUGCCUUCUGUCAAGCAAUCACUGCUCACUGGAUUGUAAUUCUGGACACCAUCAGAGAGAGCGCAGGUCUCUCCAUGACAGUGCUUCCAUAUCUAUGGGUCCACUGGUGUUGUCUGAUGGGAACACAGGAGGUGCCUUUUGUCACAAUGAGGUUUCUGAUCUCACUGUGUGUGACACUACUGCUGCUGAUUAUUGAAUCUACAACUUCCAGAUCUGAUCCAUGCUAUAAUUAUAACACUCUUGAUGAAUACUGGAGAGACAUACGGCAAAGCCCAUAUCAGUACUCUGGAUAUGAUGACACCCUUGUUGAAUGGAGUGGCUGGUAUCGGCUGUAUUUGAAUGGAGAAAGUGCCCAGAUGUCUGAGUGGUGUGUGAGUUAUACGGGAUGUGGUGGUUACACUGGACUGUAUCUCAACGGUUCUCAUCCAACAACUGAGGAUGGAGUGGUGACCCGUGAAGUUGUGGGAACUACUUCACAGUGGUGGUGGUGGUGGGCGUCUUCCUCUCAGUGUGGUGCCUACACUUCCACCUCCAUCCAAGUCAAAGCCUGUCCAGGAGAUUAUUAUGUCUAUGAAUUUGUCAAACCCAACAUUUCAGCGCCUGGGCCAACAUACUGUGCAGUUGCUUUCCAAAGCAUCAGCAGUGAUCCCUGCUACAACUAUGAAUCUCUGGAUCGUCCCUGGAGAGCUAACAAUGAAAGUGGAGAUUACGUUUGUGAUGAAUAUUUCUCCUGGAAUGGCUGGUACCGGCUUUUCUACUAUGGAAUGAACAUCCAGAUGCCAGAGACCUGUGUUAAUUCAUACACCUGUAACACAGACUUGAAUCUGUGGCUCAAUGGUCCUCACCCUCAGAUAGAGGAUGGAGUGGUGACCAGAGAGGUCUGUGGAGGGUCUUAUUGGAGCAGCUGUUGUAAUUACAAGACAAACCCCAUCAGAGUGAAAGCAUGUCCAGGCAAUUACUAUGUCUAUGAACUUGUGAAUCCACAAAUUGGGUGUUCAGGAUACUGUACAGAUGUCAGCACCGUUUCACAUGCAGCUUCCACUGUAAGUCCACAUAUAUUCACUGGAUCCAGCAUCACCUUGAAUUAUGAUCCGUGCAGUAACUACAACAUACUCGACAACUACUGGAGAAACACAUUCAAUUACUGGAGUUGGUAUGGCUAUAUAAAUGGACAUGAUGACACUCUUGUAGAAUGGGAUGGCUGGUAUCGACUCUUCAUCAAUGAAUCGAGUGCUCAGAUGCCUGAGUGGUGUUUUUAUUACAUGUCAUGUGGAGGUUAUAGUUCUCUGUGGCUUGGUGGCUCUCAUCCUCAGCUAGAAGAUGGAGUUGUUACCCGUAAAAUUUAUGGCUCUCACUAUGAUCAGUGCAGUCGCUACAGUUCUGAACCAAUCCAAGUCAAAGCUUGUCCUGGAGAUUAUUAUGUCUACAAAUUUACCAGACCAACAGUUUCAAUCCCAGCUCCUGUAUAUUGUGCAGUACCUUUCUCCACACCAAGUGUUGAUCCCUGCUACAACUACACCAGCCUGGAUGAGCCUUGGAGAGCCACUGACAACUAUUACUACAAUAACAAUUACUACUAUGGCAUGUGCGAUUAUAAUGUGCAGUGGAAUGGCUGGUACAGGCUGUUCUACAAUGGCCAAAAUGCCCAGAUGCCAGAAUCAUGUGUUAAUUAUGGCAUGUGUGGCACUUAUUACCCACUGUCGCUCAAUGAAUCUCAUCCACAGCUGGAAGAUGGAGUGGUCACCCGUCAGGUCUGUGUUGGCAUAUGGAGUGACUGCUGUACUUACACAUCCCACCCUAUACAAGUCAAAGCCUGUCCAGGAAAUUACUAUGUUUAUAAGUUUGUCAAGCCAAUGUUUUGCUCAGCUUAUUGUGUAGAAAACCCAAAUCAGUCCAACACAUCAGUGUCUACCACAACAGAGACAAUCCCAUCCACUGAAUCCUUUACUCCACCAACAACAACCACUGAUCCACCUGUUGACCCCUGCUACAACUACAAUGUCCUGGACGACUCAUGGAGAUCCACCAACAAUCAACAUUCCUCUCAAAUAAUGUGUGACACUUGGGUCAGCUGGAACGGGUGGUACCGUCUCUUCAUUCAGGGUCAGAGUGUUCAGAUGCCAGACACAUGUGUUGAUGAGUAUAGUUGUGGCACUCAUGCUCCACUGUGGCUGAACGGAGGACAUCCAACAGUUGAGGAUGGAGUGGUCACUCGAGAUGUCUGCGGUCACUGGAGCAAUAACUGCUGCCUUUUCCAGUCCAAUCCCAUUAGAGUCAAAGCCUGUCCAGGAGAUUAUUAUGUCUAUGAGUUUGUGAGUCCAACUGCCUGCAGUUUGGCAUACUGUGCAGAUGCAAGCAACAUAAACACUACCUCUACGACUUUCACACCAGAGACAACCACAUUCGAAACUACAACAAUGGACAUUAUGACUGUCAGAAGCAUCAAUAUUACAGGGCCAUUUUAUCCCUUUGGAACUGGAGACACAGUGAAUGAACGCAGUGAUGAUGGGAGUUCAUUAGUUAUAUACCUCCAGCAGCCGUUCAUAUUUUUUGGACAAACAUACAACACAAUUUAUGUCAACAACAAUGGACACUUGACUUUUGAUGGAGCAUGGGGCAGCUUCACUCCAUACCAGUUCCCAGCCUAUAGUGGGAAAGACCUCAUUGCUCCAUUCUGGACAGAUAUUGACAACCGUUGGAAUGGUGUCAUCUCAUAUCAACAGUACACCUCUGGCAGUGUCCUUACACAGGCAACCCAAGACAUAAACCAGUACUUCCCUGACUUGAGUUUCUCUGCUUCAUGGGUCUUUGUUGCAACAUGGGAUAGAGUUGCAUACUACUACAAUUCAGGAACAGAAACAUCUUUCCAAGUGGUUUUGGUUUCAAAUGGACAUCGCUCAUAUGUUUUAAUGAACUAUGGUGCAAUUGCACCAACAAAUCGAUAUAUACAGGUAUGCACAAGAUAUGAUUUGAUAGAAUGUAUAAAACAGGUUUUAUUGGAUAAUCCUUUUGAAGUGAUUGCACCCUCAUUUGUCACAUACAGCAGCAAUGUCAAUGUGCCAGGCAGAUGGGCCUUCAGAACAGAUCAUGGAUCACGGGGUUGUCAUUUUAAUGGUGUUCCAGUGCAGCUUGGAGACUCUUUCUGGAGCGAUGCAGCCUGCCAGCAAAGAUGCACCUGCACCAGCAGCGGCCUCCAGUGUAGCCACGAGCCCUGCAGUUACUCCCAAGCCUGCCGUCCAGCUACCUUCCAGUACUCUUGCCAGAACAUUCAGCGGCAAACCUGUACCAUCUCUGGUGAUCCGCACUACUACACCUUUGACUAUCAGGUUUUUCACUUUCAAGGGACCUGCACAUAUGUUCUAUCUGAGGCUUGUGGCAUUGGUUUGCCAUACUAUCGCAUUGAGGGCAAAAAUGAGCAUCGGGGCAGCACCCAUGUGUCAUGGACACGGAUGGUCAGAGUGUUUGUCUAUGAUGAAGUAAUUGAACUGGUCAAGGAUCACUCUUAUGAAGCGAGGGUCAAUGGAAGCUUUGCAGCAACACCAUUCACCCUUCGCAAUGGCUCCAUCCAGGUCUAUCAGUCAGGUUUUUCUUUGGCCAUCAGCACAGACUUUGGUCUGCUUGUUACAUAUGAUGCAUACAGCUAUGUCAGCAUCUCUGUACCUUAUGACUAUUUUAAUGCCACCUGCGGUCUGUGUGGAAACUUUAACCUGCAUCCUGAAGAUGAUUACCGUUCACCCAGUGGGGAGAUCUUGAGCUCAGAUGUGGACUUUGCCAACAGUUGGAAAGUAGAAAGUGACACAGAUCCUGAAUGUCAUAAUGUCAGGUGCACAGGUCUGGCUUGUGCUGUUUGUACCACAGAUGAAAUGACUUUGUACAGUGACAGCAACCACUGUGGAAUCCUAGAAGAUAUUUUUGGCCCUUUUGCCGCUUGCCACUCUGUGCAUGCACCACAGACCUACAUAGAGAACUGUGUGUAUGACCUUUGCUUGGGAGGAGGGUACCAGCCCAUUCUGUGCCAGGCUCUCAAUGUGUAUGCUACUCAGUGCCAACAGCAAGGUGUACAACUUGGUCAGUGGAGACAGCCAGGCUUUUGUGAAAUUCAAUGCCCUGAACACAGUCAUUUUGAGCCUCAAGGAACAGGCUGUCCUGCGACUUGCAGUAAUCCAUGCCCAAUGAACUGUCCCUUGCCCAGUCAGGAAAGCUGUAUCUGUGAUCCUGGGUACAUCCUGAGUGCUGGAGAGUGUGUGCCUGAAGCAAACUGUGGCUGCAUCUUCGAGGGCUUCUAUUACGCUGAGGGACAGUCAGUGGUGUUGGAUGGUGACUGUGGGAGACGAUGUGAGUGCAGCAGCAUGUUGAUGACCUGCCAUCAGCACCAUUGUGGUCCAGCAGAGGUGUGUGGAGUCCAUGAUGGUGUAAGAGGCUGCAGACCCAUCAGCUAUGCUACCUGCUCAGUUGAAGACCUCGGGUCAUAUCACACCUUUGAUGGACUAAGUUUCAGAUACCCUGGAGCAUGUGGACUGACCCUUGCUAGGGUGAUGGGGUCAUCCCCACUACCACAUUUUGUGUUGACAGUGGAGAAAGUACCCAGAGGCCUUCAAGACUUUUCCAGGUUCCUGAAGUUUGAGGCAGAAGGAAUUCAGGUCUCCAUUGAAAUGGGAGAGGGCAGCAAUGUAAAGGUGGAUGGACAGAUGGUUGGUCUGCCUGUCAGUGUUGGCUCUGGUCAAAUCCGCAUUUAUCACAGUGGUGUGAGGGGUUUUGUUUUAGAAACAACCUUUGGGGUGACUGUGAGAGCUGACUGGCCACACAUUGUCCGAAUAACAGCACCAGGCACGUACAGCGGUACACUUGGAGGUCUGUGUGGGAACUUGAAUGGAGACAUUUCUGAUGAGUUUUACACCCCAGAUGGUGUCCUGUUGAAUGACACACAGCUGUUUGCAGACAGCUGGCGUGAUGGUUCCCUAUCAGCUCACUGUGUGGACCCACUUGACAGCUGGGAACCAGGACAUUAUCAGAACAGCAGCCAGUUCAUUGAACAUUGUAGUAUCAUGGCCAAGCAUGAUGGACCAUUUGCUGAGUGCAGCAGAGCAAUAGAUCCUCAGCAGCGAAUCAUAGAUUGUGUUCAGCUGCUGGAGCAGACACAAGGUGCCAAAGAGGCUUUAUGUGAGGCACUGCGAGGUUACACACUGCUUUGCCAACAGAAUGGCAUUGCAGUAGAAGAGUGGAGGAGUGCCACCCACUGUGAUCCCAACUGUCCAGCAAAUACCCAUUAUGAAGUAUGUGGCACAUCCUGCCCUGCAUCCUGCCCCAGCCUCUCAUUUCCAUUUCAGUGCACAUUGCAGUGCCAGGAGGGAUGCCAGUGUAAUGACGGAAAUGUAUUAAAUGGAGAUCGUUGUGUGCCCCCCACGGGUUGUGGUUGCUACCACUCUGGGCGUUAUCGACAGGCUGGAGAGAGGUUCUGGCACGGUGAAGAGUGCCAGUUCUUGUGUGUUUGUGAUGGAAUCACGGGAAAUGUUCAUUGCACACCAUCUUCUUGCAGCGAGGAGGAGGUCUGCCAUGUGUUGGAUGGCGAGUACGGCUGCCACCCUCGGCCACGCGCUAGUUGCUCUGCCUCAGGAGACCCCCACUACAAGUCUUUUGACGGAACCUACUUUGAUUUCCAGGGAACAUGUCGCUAUGUGCUAGCCACAGUAUGCAAUGACAGUACUGGGCUUCCACACUUCCAGGUGGAUGCAAGGAAUGAGCCAUGGCAUGGACUCCCAGUGUCAAUUACUGUAGAAGUUUUUGUCAAUGUCUCUGGGCAUCUUGUGCACAUGUCACAAGACAUGAAUGGUCACUCUACUGUUGAGAUUGAUGGAGAGACCAGAAACCUCCCUCUCCUACUUGAUUCUGGCCGGGUGUCUGUAUACUCCAGCGCACAGUACAUAUUUGUGUCAACUGACUUUGGUUUCAGUGUGAGUUACGGUGGUUCCUGGACAUUGAACAUCAUCGUACCAGCAGAAUACAGUGGGGCUACAUGUGGCAUCUGUGGCAACUUCAACGGCCAGAGUAAUGAUGACUUCAUGACUCCUUCAGGUGAUCUGGUGCGCUCAGCAGACCAGUUUGGGGCAAGUUGGAAAGUUGAGGAUGAGCUGCCAUGCAAUGAUGGGUGUGGAAACAAUUGCCCUCUGUGCCAGGAUCAGACAACUGCCCGUUCCCUGUGUGAAAUCAUCAGGUCCAGUGAGGGCCCCUUUAGUUUCUGCCAUGUUUAUGUUGAUCCUCAAGCCUACUUUGAUGACUGUGUGUUUGACGUGUGCCUUUCUGGAAACCUUAAUGAUGUCCUGUGUCGCUCGAUCCAAACAUAUGUGAGUGCCUGUCAAUCUAACAAUGCCGUUAUCUACCCUUGGAGAGAAAUCAUAACCUGCCCAGAGAACAGCCACUAUGAGUUGUGUGGCACAGACUGUGGUCAUACUUGUGCCAGCAGCAUUGAUGCUAGUUGUGAACACACAUGCUCAGAGGGAUGUUUCUGUGAUGAUGGAUUGGUGAGGAGUGGAGGACUCUGUGUACCAGUGGAGCAAUGUGGCUGCUUGUAUGAUGGAUUCUAUUUUUAGAUUGGUGAACAGUUCUGGGAUUCAACAUGUUCUCAACGCUGUCAGUGUUUUGCUCCAAAUGAUCUACGCUGCUCUGCAUCUUCCUGCCCACCAGCCAUGGAGUGUCAGAGGCUCAAAAAUGGACAUCGUGACUGCACUAUAGUGCCAAUGUCCAGUUGCACAAUCAGGAGUCAAUAAUGACCCCACUACAUCACCUUUGAUGGAGCUGUGGCCCACUUUCAGGGAACAUGUUCGUAUGAGAUUGCCCAAACCUGUGGCAAUGUUACAGACAGUGAUCUGGAGUUCCGUGUGGUGGCCACCAACAGGCACCGUGGGAACAUGGUGGUAUCAUUUGUGUCUGCAGUGGAUGUUUGGUUGUCUCAGCACGGACAACAGACUCACAUCACUAUUGGGCAGAACAGGAGAGUUAAAGUUGAUGGAAAUGCCAUUGACACAGCAGCAUAUCACAACAAUGAUCUUGUAGAGAUACAUGAGGAGCAGGGAUUCAUAAUUCUAAAUGCUUUCAAUGAAUUCAUUGUCCAUUUUGAUGGACAUAGCAGCCUUCUUGUCAGAGUGAGCGAAAGAUUCUAUGGAUCUCUAUGUGGAAUGUGUGGAAAUUUCAACGGUAAUCCUGCAGAUGACAAAGUGCUGCGCAGUGGAGACCCCGCUCCUGAUGACGAUUCCUUUGGCCACAGCUGGAAAUCAGACACCAGCAUUUCAGGCUGUGGUGCCAAAGACCGGACUGGUAAUAUUGAUGAGUGUCCAUCCAGACAGAGAUAUUCUGAUCUCUGUAGUAUUAUCACCAACACCACCGGCCCCUUCCAGAACUGCCAUCUUCAUGUUGACCCUGCACCUUACUACUACUCUUGUGUGUAUGAUCUGUGUCUGUACACACGUGCAAAUGGCAUGUUAUGUUCAGCUGUUGAGGCCUAUCAGACAGCUUGUGUCACCUUGGAUGUACAGAUCCUAGAAUGGCGCUCGGGUCUGCGGUGUGAUGUGAGAGAUCGCUGUUCUGAACUCAGCUGCUCUGAGGAUGAAUGGUGUGGAAAGAAAAAUGGUGUUUAUGGUUGUUUGUGUAACGACGACCUACCCAGACCACAACCUGACUCUUUUGAUUUCUCAGAAACCUGUGAAAGCAGCUCUGGCUCCAUGUCUGUGUCUCGCUGUCAGCUCUUUGAGGCUGGUUUUCCAGCUGACGUCUUACACCUCAAUGAUCCCAGCUGCAAAGGAAUGAUCCGGAAUGGCAGAGUGGAUUUCCAUUUUGAUAACGAUGAACACAUCUGUGGUACAAACCUUUUGGCCAACGGCACCCACUUCAUCUAUAGUAACUUUAUUCUGGGAACACCGAGGUCAGAAGGUCUCAUCAGCAGAGAGAAAAUCCUUAAGCUUUCUUUCAGCUGUGUUUAUCCUCAAUCACAAACACUUUCCAUGCAUGCGGAAAUCAACCCACUAGAGAGCGUUGUGCACAAGACACUUCCCGCUGGUGAAGGGAGAUAUCAGGUUCGGAUGAUUCCAUAUGAGGAUGAUGAGUUUACCCGGCCCUUCACUGGUAAAGUGGAUGCAGAACUCAACCAGAAGAUGAAUGUGGAAGUUCGUGUUGAGGGGGUUGACAGCCGCCAGUUUGCCCUAGUGAUGGACACGUGUUGGGCUACACCUGUGAAUGAUCCUGAUUACAGUCUCCGCUGGGAUCUCAUCAUUAAUGAGUGUCCCAAUCCAAAUGACGACACAGUGGAGUUGCUGCAGAACGGCGUCUCGACGUCCAGCCGUUUCUCCUUCAGGAUGUUUAUCUUCACUGCAAACUCCACCAAGCUUUACCUACACUGUGCUGUUCACCUUUGCCUUCUGUCGAGCAAUCACUGCUCACUGGACUGUAACUCUGAACAUCACUGGAGAGGGCGCAGGUCUCUGGAAUUCCAUGACAGUGCUUCCAUAUCUAUGGGUCCUCUGAUGUUGUCUGAUGGGAACACAGAUAAGUGGGUUCCAGAGCAAGUGAAGGUAUCUGAGGCUUCUUGUCUGUGUGCUUCUCUGAUGCUGUUACUUGUUCCACUGAUGAGUGUCCUGACCCUCUUUUAGUUUAUUUCCACAAAAAAUGGGCAACUUUUUUUUUUUUUUUUUUAUGCAUAUUGUCUAUUAAUGUGUAACUGAUGCUGCAUUUGUUGUGGGUUUUUUCAUUAGUGUGUUUUUUUGUGUCAUAAAUAAUGUUUUAACCCUUUACCUUUGUUAUUAUAUACUACAUUAAUUCUGUUUUACUUGAAAGGAUGUUCUGCAACAGCAAACAGAAUCAGAUUUGCAUUAAUACAAAUAAUGCAAAAACAAUAUAGUAAUUUCUGUUCUGCAGUUCCUUUUCAAACUGUAAUAAUAGCUGAAGAAAAGGCUUUUAUAAGGCUGAUUUAUAUGAAUAUUAUGAUUUCUGGCAUUUAUUAUGGGGCAUAAAUUAUAGGGCUAUUACAAUUCAGUGUGAAUGACCCAGAAGGUAAAUAAGAAAAAAAGUAAAAUAAAUAAAUAAAUGGUUAAGCAA